AGAUAGUCCUUAGAUCUUAGAUAGAUUCGUCUUUAGAUAAUCACGGUUAUUUCCAGCAUCGUUUCCACCGAGAGUCCCGGAAUGCCCCUAUAUUCGUUUCAACCAGCCCUGCCUCUUAUGUUGGGGAACCUUCGACGAAAUACGGGAGGCCAAAGGGCUAGGUCUUCCAUCCUGGUCCGAAUCAAGUCCUCAAGGACCUACUUAGUUUUAACCUUCAGACAAGGCACACUGACCUCUACAGCACAUGGGUAGAACGAGUGCUGAAUGCAGGAAGGGAAGACGCUGAGGACUGGCGCGCUGGAGCUUCCCCGCCAAACCCCACACACCCCGCCCCACCCUGCCACCACAUAAACCGUGAACCCGUUCAAAAGUCUAGCCUUGCCAUUCAACAACGAACAACGAGGUCAGUACUCUGGACCUCGCGCCAACCUCUCGAGCUGGCGCAUAUCGUCGCCGUUAUCAACUUCCCCUCCACGUCUCAGCCGCCAACCUUCAAUCAUGCAGUCAGCAAAGGUCUCGGAGGCUCUCGCUCAGGUGGCUUCCUCGCAGAACCCCGAGACGAUGCUUGAGGCCAUCAUCUUCAACAUCAAGAACCUCUCGUCUCCGACAACAAUCGCAGCCGACCUCACCGCCAUUGCCGACGCCAUCAUCGUUCUUCCCUACGGCAUAGUGGCCAAGCGGACUGUCCUCGACAAGUUUAUAUCUACCCUCCGCUCCUUCGAAAACUACGACGUGUGGGUCGAGGUUGGCCAGAAUAUCCUCUCCUUCAUUGCCUCGAACACGACGGCCUCGUCAUCUCUCCUCGACCAAGCCGCCGCCGUCCGAGAGCUGAUCGCGACCGGUCACGAGGGCAAUGAGGAUUUCGCCGAUGCCGCCAAGGUGCUGUCCGAGAUCCCACUAGAUAGUUCCCAGCGCCGGGUUUCCGAUGCUGAGAAGGUCAAGAUUUGGAUCCGCAUCGUGCGCAACUACCUCGAGGUCGACGACAGCACCGCCGCCGAGUCGUACCUCAACAAGCUGAAGAACGUCAUGCACACCAUCGAUGACCCCGAGCUGAACCUGCACUUCAAGCUGAGCGCCGCCCGCAUCCAGGACUCCAAGAGGCAGUUCCUGGCCGCCGCCCAGAGCUACCAUGACAUCAGCGUGUCGCCCGUCAUCGCCGAGGAGGAGAGGCUCCACACUCUCAGCAUGGCCAUCAAGUGCGCCAUCCUCGCCCCCGCCGGGCCCGACCGUCGCAAGGUCCUUGGCCGGCUGUACAAGGACGACCGGGCUGCAGGCUUAGAAGAGUUCGGCAUAUUGGAGAAGAUGUUCCUUGACAGGCUACUGGCCCCCGCCGAGGUCGAUAAGUUCGCCCAGGGCCUACAGCCACACCAGCUGGCCAGAACCUCGGACGGAUCUACGGUGCUGGUCAAGGCGGUCGUGGAGCACAACCUCCUGGGCGCGAGCCGGCUGUACAGCAACAUUGGCUUCGACGAGCUCGCUCUCUUGCUGGGACUAGGCAGGAACGCGGACAAGGCCGAGGACACGACGGCCAGGAUGAUCGAGCAGGGACGGCUGGCUGGCCGGAUCGACCAGAUCGACCGCAUCAUCUGGUUCGAGGGGGGCGAGACAUCGAGGGAGAAGGGCAGCGGUCAUGCCGAGCUCACUGUGGGCAAGGAGAUGCGGAGAUGGGAUGCCAACGUCCAGGCGUUGGCCGAGGAGCUGGAGCAACUGACGAACUCGUUGCAAGCAGAGUUUCCGGUGUUUGUGGAGCGGCAGCUGGCCGCUUGAUGUUUUCAUGAUCGAGGGGGGAACCGAAUCCUCGAUUUGUAUCAAGCCUGGCGUUGGGGAGGGGACGGGGUAUUUUUCCAAAAAAAAUAAGGGUCUGAAAUCGACCACAGUAGGCUUUACCAAAGUCUAUGAACGUCCAUGAAAUAGAACAGCAAUGCAUCUAUGUACUCAUAGUGCCUAGAACGCCUGAUUUCCCGUUUCCAUUCGUUAUCGCCCAUCGCCAAAAGCCCAUAAAUCCAAAGCCAUUAAACCACCUGGCGCCGGUGACAUGCCGCCCCCCCGGAAGCACCGAAACUGCCAAGGAAAACACCGCG